UCUUGAACUCACAAUAAAAAGGCCUUCACUUCUCCCACUCCAAGUCUCCUUACAAAUAAGAGCUCAACUUCUAUUCUACUAAAUUAUUUAGCUAACUCAGCUGAUAGCUAGUAGAAAUUAAAUAAGCACAGAGCCAUGAGACCUACUUCCAAAGCUUUUCUUCUACUUGUUCUAUUUUUCAUCUUUGUGUCAUCAGGUAGUGUUGAAGGCUUGGGCAAUGGCGCAAACCGCAUUUACAAACUUCAAAAGAAGAAUGGUCUGAGAGAAAUACCAAGAAAGCUAAUGAUGCUGGAUCCAGUGUUAGAUUAUGACUAUGCAGGACCUAAUCCCAGGCAUGAUCCCGGUAGAAAGAGAGGUCACCCUUGAAGACUAUUAUUAUAUGCCAGAUGCUAUAUUAAUAUUGCUACUCUAGCUUAUAUAUGGAGAUUUUGAUUGAAAUAUCAAUUCCACUAGUAGAAUAUCAUGUAAUGCCUUUGUUGCAUAAUAAGAAUAGCAAUAGUCCUUUUGUGAUGUUGCUGAGUUUUGGCUAGUGCCUCUCUGUUAUGUAAGCCAGAUAGUAGUACUAUAUGUUAUGUUGUUUGAGUUUUGAAACACUUCAGAGUGCAAACUAGUGAAAUAAAGAAGUGGAUUAGAAA